CCAAAGAAAUACUUAAAUCUGCUAAACGUUGCCAGGAAGAAGAAGGACUUGUCUUAUCGUUGCUUUCGCGUGACAGUUUAAUAGCUGCUGGCGAUGUUUCCGAGCCCCAGCACGUCCACUCCCUUCUCUGUCAAAGAUAUAUUAAAUCUGGAGCACAGCCAUGACCUCAUGUCUUCUCUGGAGCUUUCUUCUCGCAUGGAUUGCUGCAACGCGCUCACCGCCACUUCUAGCCUAACUUCCUCCUGCUGCGUGCUGAGUCUCAAGCACGAGCCUUUGCGGGACAUGUCAACGGGGAUCCCACUGUUUGACGAGGACCUCCAUCAUCAUGACCCCAAAUUCGCUAUUUACGGAAAACCACUUACGCAGAUGGACGGAGUGAAGGAGGGCGCAUCAGGCCCGUUAGAAGGUAAACAUGCAAAAGAGGAGUUGAGUCCUCGGGGCGAAGCCGAAGACGACUCGAAACGCGAGGAUCUGAACCGACCGAAGGGCCACAGACGCCGAAAGCCGCGGAUCCUCUUCUCCCAGGCACAGGUGUACGAGCUGGAGCGCCGUUUUAAGCAGCAGAGGUACUUGUCCGCCCCCGAGAGAGACCACCUGGCCGGGGUCCUCAAGCUCACCCCGACGCAGGUGAAGAUCUGGUUCCAGAACCGAAGGUACAAGUGCAAGCGGCAGAGGCAGGACCAAAGCCUGGAGAUGGUGUCCCUGCCGCCGCCCAAGAGGGUGUCGGUGCCGGUGUUGGUGCGGGACGGCAAGGCAUGCGUGGCGGCCGAGGCGAGCCCCUGCAAUCCGUCCUACUGCAUGGCCCACGUCAACCACUUCGCCUACAACAACUAUCCGCAUCCGCAGUUUAGCAGCUACGCCAACAGCGCCUGCGGCACAAACUAUGCGUGCAGUUACUCCGCAGCCGCCAUGCAAACGGUAUCGUCCAAUAAUGGCAAUUACGUGAACUUCGGCAUGCAAGGAGAGCUCAACAACGUCCAGGCCGCCUUUCCCACCUCCAACAGCGGGAGCUCGCUCCAUGGCAUUAGGACUUGGUAAUUGGCCACUAUUCUGACGGCAUGCUGUAUUCUUAGCAAUUGGGUCAAAACACUUUGGUUUAUUUGUUUGAAUAUAUUUAGCGAUGCCUGUUUCCGACACAGGAUAUUGUCAUGGAUUUUUGCGAGCAAAUAUUAAUAAUAAAUUCUAAAUAAAAAAAGCACAGAAACGUGAUACUUGUCAAUUUAAC